CAGCUCUUUCUUUUCUGGAGGAAAUUACCCUUUUCCCACGCGGGCUGUCGCAAAACCCUUGUUGACAUUUUUUGCGAUCGAAACACACACCCCUAACACACCACCCCUGCUGCACCCGACCGUUCUUCACACUUCUGCAUCAACACAGCAUACAGCACACAGCACACAGCACACAGCACCGAUCACACUCACAACCAUGACCACCUGCAAAAGCGGUUCCUCGCCGGACUGCAACUUCACCUGCCCCAACGGCGGCUCGUGGUUCGUCUGCGACACGGCGCCGUACUUUGUGGGCUGCUGUGCCUCGGACCCCUGCCACAACACCACCAGCCCGGCCUGCCCCAGCCUGUACGCCGCCUCGUUCAACGGCGCCAUCUUCGACGAGAUCCUCCCCAACCGCUGCCUCGACAACCCCAGCUCCGACUGGUACACAUGCAACGGCACCUCCCCGAGAUUCCUGGGGUGCUGCAGUAGCAACCCCUGCAGCGACGGGUGCCCGGACGACGACCUCCUGCCCGCGGCCUGGAGCUCCUCCUCCGCCGGCCAACUCAAGCUCUUCCAGGACAACGCCAGCGCGACGGCAACCGCCUCCCCGACCUCGACCUCCACACAAACCUCCUCCCCUGAAGACUCAUCAAGCCAUCACUCAAGCCUGUCGGGCGGCGCGAUCGCCGGAAUCGCCAUCGGGGCUGCUGCGCUUGUCGCCUUCAUCGUGCUCGCCAUCUUCUUCCUCCGCCGCCGCCGUCGACGGGAAGCCACCGCCGCCGAAGCGGAGCGCCAACACAUGUACCCCGGGGAGUACGGGUAUCACAGUCCCCAAUCCUCACCGUAUCAAGAUUCGCACAUGAGCAGCCCCGACCCAGCCAGCAAAUACCCCUCCGGCUCGACGGGCGGCUUCACCAUGUCCCCGCCGGCCUCGCACAUCGGCCCCGACGGCCGCCCCGUCUCCGAGAUCUACUCCCGCGACGAGGACCAUCUCCGCCCCACCCACGGGCUGGGCCUGUCGGCCCCGACCAAAGUGCAGCCCAUCCCCGAGCUGGAUAGCACGCAGCCCCGCACGACGGAGGUGCAUGAGCUGGAUGGGUUGAAUGCGCGGUAGGGCGGGUGGUUGGCACGAUACCGUAUUUGCCGUUUUUGAUGCCUCUGAUCAUGGGUAUAGAUGAGAGCGAGCGGAUGUGGUGGACUAUAAUUAUUUUAUUCUCUCUGUGUGAUCGGGAUCUUUGAUGAGAUACAGGGCCAUGGCACCCGGAGGAUGUAAUAUGAGUAUGAAAUUUUGUACAUAGUGUGGGAAAAGUGCGAGCUUAUAGACACAAUAUCUAUAGAUUUGUG